AUGGCGUGCGUCCGCUGUGGAGGAGCACAGGACGGUCAGGCGACCCACGAUUACUGCAAACAAUGCUGGUCGACGUGGGGAAAGUUCGUGGUCAGAGGUGGUCAGUACGAGCUUCCCGCGGAAGCAGCAGACCUGGCAAACAGAGCCGGCAUCUUGUUGCGGCCGUCGAAAAGGCGCGCGAAGAACUUUCGCUGCGAUCGAUGCAAUCGAGAUUUAACUCAGUGGGAGCUUCUCAACCACCUCUUCAUGGAGCACAAGCACAACGCCACCAGCUCCACCGGUUCGGAAUCCUCUGAUGACAGCCGGGAGUCGGACUCGGAAGAAGCGAUCCUUUGGGAAACCCGCUGGGAGUAUCUGGCCCUCGACGGCGAGAAGAAAGCAUGGCAAGCCUUCUGGCCAGAGGCGCAGGAGGAGAUUGAGAAGAAUCACAAGAACGGCAUCCACAGCUUCGAUGUUCAGACCAAUGGAUGCCGGUAUGAGAUUGAUUUGUCUAAACUGGUGCAGAAGAACUCCCACACCGGUCGUGCCCGAAAAAUUCGAAGGCACCGCAAGUUCCACUCUUCCGCGGCACAGAAGUUUACCGAGCUGGAGCAGCAAGUUCAAGAGCUCGGAUGCGACAUUGUGGCGAAGGAUAACAUGCUUGAUAAGAAGGCAGUGGAGGUCCGCACGCUCAGGAGCCAAGUCCAGGAAGUCGCAGGGAGUUUUGCCGAGAAGGACCUCCAGCUCAAAAACCAGGUGGAAGCCACCGGCGCACUUGAGGAGUCGUUUCGGCAAAAACUACAGCUUCAAGUGCCCGUCUUGUCCUCCUAUCCGGAGGGGCCAUGGGUAGAAGAGCUGCAGGAGGCGCUCAAGAAGACGUCGCAUUGUGAAGGACGGUGCACCCCUAUGAAGAACUUGGAGAUCGUGAAGAUCGAGAAGAUCCACAACAUCAGCUUGUGGAGCCGCUACAGCAACACUAAGGACAGAUUGCGCAGCGAGUUGAAGGAGGAGAAGGUGCAACCUACCCCGCCGAAGUCUCUCCUCUCCGACUUGCUUCAGAAAACCUUCCCGUUCAUUCAGCUUGAUGAAGAAGUUGGCGAAGCUUUGCUGCUCCACGGCACACGGCGCGAGAACAAGGAAGUCAUCGCAAAGAAAGGCUUCAACGAGAGGUUGUCGGGAUCAAAAGGCUUGUAUGGGCAGGGCAUCUAUUUCGCAGAUCAAAGCUGCAAGUGUUACCAGUACAGCGGAGCCGCUGGAGGGAGCGAUGGGAUCUUCAUCGUAGCCAGAGUUCUCCUGGGAGACCCCUUCAUCGCGAAGGGCACAAUGCUCGGCGAAAGGGAGGCUCCAGAACGGGACCCAUCCAGAUCGCCAAGUCGCUACAACUCCGUCAUCGCGGAUGCGGGCACCCCGCACGUUCCGCACGCCAAUGGCCUGACUUCUGCUUCAGCGCAGGUACACCGGGAGUACAUCGUUUAUGACGGUGGGCAAGCUUUUCCAGAGAUGGUAAUCCAUUUCCGUGUGUAG